AUGUUAAGAGAUACAUAUAAGCCAAACAUCUGUUUAGAGGCUGAAGAGAACAUAGACAUAAAUGAUAUUGAACUGGAUGCCCCUGUUGACAAUCUGCAUACUCGUCCAUUGGUGUUCUUUGAUUUGGAAACGGGAGGAUUUGGACGAACAUCUGAUAUACUCCAAAUUGCAGCAAAGUGUCAAGAAAAGGAGCUCUCAGUUUAUGCUUUGCCGACUCGAUCCAUCAGCAAGGAAGCAUCUGAAGCAACCUGUUUGACCUUUGAUGGAAAUAGCCUUUGCUAUAAGGGAGAAGCAGUGGCUGCAGUUACUCCACCCGAAGCACUGACCAAAUUUCUGAUAUUUUUAGAGUCUUUUGACCAUCCAGUGUUAGUGGGGCAUAACAUUCAAAACUUUGACCUACCAAUUUUGCGACACCAUUUGGGAGAUUGUGAUCUUCUUGAAAGAUUUCGUAAUAAUGUAACUGGAUUUUUAGACACUCUAAAGAUUUCCAAGAAAUUAUUGAAAGAUGUCCAGCUUCCUAACUACAAGCAAGAGACACUAGUUCACAAUCUAUUAGGAGAGGAAUAUGAGGCCCAUAAUGCGAUGGCAGAUGUGACUGCAUUAGAAAAAUUAUAUUACUCUAAUUUGUGUUUGUCAGAAAGUGCAGUGUCUGAAAAUGUUUUUUAUUUGUCAUAUUACACAUAUAAAGAGUCUUUAUGA